CCUACUUGCGCCUCAGGCUACUGGUCCCAUCCAAGGAUCGACUCCAUGGUUACCACCAAAACGCUGGUCUGAAGCCCACUGGGUAGGCGUGAGAGCAAGAUGGCAUGUUGAGAACGGGCUAUCUGUGGUUCAGUAAACAGGCUACGUGUCCACUGAGGACGAUGACGACAACCUUGUUGGAGGAGAAUGUGAAGAUGGCGAUGGAGGUGGCGAGAAGUGUGCCAAAUAUGAUAAUGACGAGCGGGAGAGGUAGCAGGAGGAGGAUUUCUAUCGAGGAGCAUCACAGGAGUUUCAUGGUAUCUGAGAACCAGCGAAUGUCAAUGCAAUCCGUCUUCCAUCGCCAGAGAUCUGUGAAGGUCGGCAAGGUGGACGUUGCGUGCAGUCUGUAUGCAUUCAUAUGGUCGAUACUGUUGGUGGUGGUGGGUGUUCCAACUUGUGCCUAUGAGUCGACUUCCCAGCUGUAUGAGCAGAGCAAAAAUUGCCCAGAUUUCUCAUCAUGGAUGACGUCAGCAGCAGAACCUUUUCGAGUGAUGGAUGAGGGAAAUGCAACAGCUUCGAUAACCAUCAACCUACUGCCCACUCAUCCAUCCGAUCGGCAAAUUGUUUGCUAUUCAUUGGUUGUCUUCAACUUGACAGAUGUCACCGCCCUGCAUGUGCACGACAAUGUGACGAUGGAGAAUGGAAGCAUAGCCGUGAAUUUCGAACGCAUCAACAUCACAGAUGACAUGGCAUCCGGUUGCGUUUCUAACGUACCAUUCAAUGUCGCAGCGGGUAUUGUCGAAUCCCCGUUCCAUUACUACAUGAACAUACACACGGAAUCCAAUCCUCAGGGGGCGGCAAGGGGCCAGCUCAGGCGAGAAUUCUGCCCCACCUCCACAGCUGCUGGCGCCAGUGGACAAUUCCGACACACUCACUCCUUGUUGUCGUUGCCGCCAAGGGUAAUGAUUGUGUCUCACAGGGAAUGCUCAUCCUUGUCGCUCCGGAUUGCUUCGUCAUACCUGUUGUUUGUAAUAAUUCACGUACUCAUGAACUGGCCGUACAUACCCCUGAUUUGCACUCUGGAUGAUGCAUGAUCAGCGAUGUUAAUCAUAAUCAUCAUGAUGAUGAUCAGCAAUGUUAAUCAUGAUCAUCAUCAUCAUCAUAUCACAUGCUUAUGCGAACCCUGCAUUGUGAUCUUUAUCUCGUCGUCACCACCAUCAUCGUCAUCAUCAACAAGAAUCAACUACAAUGACAACAGCAACAAUGACAUAUGCUUGACGGUACAUCAUCAUCAUCAUCAUCAUCAUCAUCAUCAUCAUCAUCAUCAUCAUCAUCAUCAUCAUCAUCAUCAUCGUCAUCAUAUGAAUGCAUUGAUACCAAAGCAUCUUGUCUUUAUUGUCCUAUUGAGCUGAUGAUGCAUUGUCAUCAUCAUCUGCAUCAUGAUUCACCAAUUUUGUAAAGUAAAAGCACCUACCAUGA